AUGUCUCCUUCAAACAACGCAGCAUGGUCACCAGUCAAACUGGCAAAGUCAUUGCAAGUAAAACCUGCACCUUAUACACCUCCAAGUGCUGACCAGAUCGUUGUGAAGAACCAUGCGGUAGCAAUCAAUCCCGUAGAUUAUAUACUUCAAGACAUGGGCGAUAUGAUUUUCACCUGGCUGAAAUAUCCUUUCAUCUUCGGCGUCGAUCUUGCUGGCGAAGUAGUUGAAGUCGGUAGUGAUGUAUCAUCCCGCUUCAAGAUCGGUGAUCGCGUUAUGGCCGUUGCUUGUGGUGCCGAUCCAGAUCGUAAUAACCCUACUGAAAGCGCCUUCCAAAAUUACACUGUCGUUCCGGCAGAUCUAGCAGUGAAGAUGCCUGAUAAUUUAAGCUAUGAGCAUGCUGCUGUUGUUCCAUUGGGCAUGGCUACUGCAGCAUCCGGCCUGUUCCUAAAGGACUUCCUGGCUUUGGAUCUUCCAACGGCACCCGCUCGACUAUCAUCAGGCAAGACCCUCAUUGUUUGGGGUGGCUCUACCAGUGUUGGUUGCAAUGCGAUCCAGCUGGCUGUUGCAGCAGGCUACGAGGUGUUCUCCACGGCAUCUCCAAGAAACUUCGACCUCUUGAAGAAAUUGGGUGCCAGCCAAGUGUUCGACUACAAUCAGAAAAAUGUGGUCCAGGAUAUGAUCUCCGCUUUGAAGGAGAAAACUCUGGCUGGUGCAAUGGCCAUUGGCCCCGGUUCCGUCUCCCUCUGUAUUGAUGUUCUGAGCAAAACCAAGGGUUCAAAAUUUGUAACGGACGUAAGUGGACCUGGCGCCGGAUCCAAUUCCACAAAGUCGUCAGGACUAGGUCGUAUUCCGCUCAUUGCCCAUUUUAUCUCGUUUACUGUUUCUAUCAAGGUGAAGAGUACGUGGACAGGCGUGAGUACCAAAUUUGUCUAUGGCAGCGACCUCAAGAAGAACGAGGUCGGCCCUGCUGUUUUCCGAAACUUCCUUCCAAAGGCAUUGGAGACCGGUCAAUAUAUCUGCGCACCGGAUUCAGAAGUGAUUGGUCACGGACUCGAGCAAAUCCAGCAUGGGUAUGAUCUUUUAAGUAAAGGAGUGUCAGCAAAGAAGAUUGUUGUUACCCUGUAA